AUGGUUCAUGUUGAUCAAGCCGAUUCCCAUCAAAAGACCCCUCUCUAUGUAGCCUGCUACCAUGGUCGUUUUGAUAUAGUUGAUUUGCUUCUUUCUGCUCGAGCUAAUGUGAAUGCAGCAGAUAAGAAUGGCAAGACGCCCCUCUACAUCGCCGUAUUGCAUGGUCAUCUUGCGCUGGCUGGUAAAUUGCUCUGCGCCGGCGCUUCCGUAAACCGAGCGGAUCAUGAAGGUCUCGGACCACUGCACAUGGCUGUCAAGUUCCCUAAGUUGGACAUACCUAUGGUGAAACUUUUACUCAGCCAUGGCUGUGACCCCGUAAACUUGGCAAGCUUCACACGCUGGCUGUUGGCCCACGGCAUUAUCCCAGGAGGCUGUAUCGAGGGUGAUAGCGAGCUGGCUGAUUGGCUUCGACGUGAAGAGUCGAAUGUGCGUUCUUUGAAACGCCUUUGUAGAGUGGAAAUCCAGCGUGCCUUAGGCAACGCGGACACUCUAAAGAACAAAGUCGCUCGGUUGCCACUUCCGGAUCAUUUAAUUGCAUAUCUUGCCAUGAAAGCACUUUAG